AUGACUGUGGACUACUCCAAACUCAAGGACGAAGUCCCAUCAUUGAAAGGACAAGAGGUGAAUGUUGAGAUCAAAUCUUCGUCAGCAUCGACCUUCUCCGACACCUCCCACGCAACGACUCUCCUCGAUGCUUCCAACUUCCAUCCCGGCAAAGUCCUGCAUAUCGCACAACGUGGUAUAGGCGCCCUCCGCCUCCCUAUUCCGUCUUCAGAGCUCGUCACCCAAAUUUUCCAUGAAGACGGAAGCGUGGCAUAUACCUCGACGAGAGCCAAGAGAUCUUCGGGCAGCGCAGUUCUCAGCCACCCGAAACUAGGCGACUUGAUCAGCACAACGUACCGCUGGGGCCCAAGGCGUCCCCCAAUUCUCCAACUCAUCGGAAGUCAAGACGGCGAGGAUAUUGUCACAGUCAAUGGGAAGUGCACCUCUCGAACCACCAACUUCAACACACCCGACGGCUCCGUAUUCGAAUGGACCUAUGCGUGCACAAAGGAUUCCAAUGGCAAGAAAGUCAAUAUUAUUGCUCUGAGGGAAAAGAAGACGGGGAAGAUUCUUGCCCAGUUGAAUAGAGGCGAAGGGACUCGCACGGAAGGAACAUCGAGAUGUAGCGCUGGCAACGGUGGACAGCUUAUUCUCGACCAGGACGCUACAAGCCACAUAGAUGAGGCGUUGAUUGUGGCAACAUGUCUGGUGAUGCUCAAGAAGGAGAUUGAUCGUAGACGGUGUGUGCAGAUGGCCGUCAUAGCUGGAGUAGUAUCGGGUGGGAGUUAA